AGUAACCCUUUACUCAUUCACCCUCAUACUCACUAUCUCCAAUACACUAUCACUUUACUUAUUCACCCUCAUACUCACUAUCUCCAAUAUACUAUCUCUUUACUUAUUCACCCUCAUACUCACUAUCUCCAAUACACUAUCUCUUUACUUAUUCACCCUCAUACUCACUAUCUCUUUACUUAUUCACCCCCAUACUCACUAUCUCCAAUACACUAUCUCUUUACUUAUUCACCCUCAUACUCACUAUCUCCAAUACACUAUCUCUUUACUUAUUCACCCUCAUACUCACUAUCUCCAUUUACUUAUAUACCCAAUACUCAUUCUGUUUCCAACAGAGUAACCCUUUACUCAUUCACCCUCAUACUCACUAUCUCCAAUACACUAUCACUUUACUCAUUCACCCUCAUACUCACUAUCUCCAAUAUACUAUCUCUUUACUUAUUCACCCCAUACUCACUAUCUCCAAUACACUAUCUCUUUACUUAUUCACCCUCAUACUCACUAUCUCCAAUACACUAUCUCUUUACUUAUUCACCCUCAUACUCACUAUCUCUUUACUUAUUCACCCCCAUACUCACUAUCUCCAAUACACUAUCUCUUUACUUAUUCACCCCAUACUCACUAUCUCCAAUACACUAUCUCUUUACUUAUUCACCCUCAUACUCACUAUCUCCAAUACACUAUCUCUUUACUUAUUCACCCCCAUACUCACUAUCUCCAAUACACUAUCUCUUUACUUAUUCACCCUCCUACUCACUAUCUCCAAUACACUAUCUC